AUGAGCGCGGGGGGACAGUUCGGCGGGUCUCGCGGCGUGCCGAGCAAAGCGCCGGAGAAGGGCAUUUUCCCGCUCGACCACUUCGGGGAGUGCAAGGAAGUGGCGAAGGCCUACACUGCCUGUCUAAAGCAGAGCAAAGGUGACGCUGGAGUGUGCCGUGAGCUGAGCAAGAAGUACUUCGAGUGCAGGAUGAGCAGCGGGUUGAUGGAGAAGCAGGAGCUCGCGGAGCUUGGGUUUUAUGGGAGAGAGACUGAGGAGGCACCAGUGCGCACUGACUCGGCGUCUGGGCAGAAGGGGUACCGGGGCUUCGUUGCUGGCACCAUGCGGGCGCGGAGAGGCAAGCUGAACGAAGAAGAAGACCGAUAG